UCUACUUUUCAUUCCCAGACAUACUAGCCGAGUACCAUAGAGUGGAAAGGCAGUGUACAGAGCGGGUGUGUGAGUGAGACGUGUUGGUUUCAUUAAAUCGAGCUGGAGGCAGUGCUGCUCAUAGAGUUCAGCUGAUCUGUCUGGGGGAGGACAUCCUGUACAUCACAAAGGCUCCAGCAGCACCCCCACACCGGCCACCGGGGCCAGGAAACCCCCUCCACCGAAUCGGGCACGGGAACACAAUAGUGCUAUCAGAAUGACGGAGGAAGAGGGUUAUAUUCUUCGGAGCCGCCGUUUGAUCUCCAAGCCACCCGUGACAUCAGAGAAAGAAGAUAUUGUACGAGAGAGAGCAUUUAAGGGAGCAAGUAAUGGUCUUAUGGACUUGGAGCAUGUGAUCAACAGAAAAAUGGAACUGAAGCGUAAAGCAGAGCUUUUAAAGAGUGAAUUGAUGAAAGAGGUGGACAUUCACUUCAAUGAGUUUGUGAACAACUUGAUAGACGAAUCUACAGUUCUCGAAAGUUCUUCGAACAUCUACCCUGCAAGUGCUGAGAAAGACAGUCACAGAUCCCGCUUAAGGCCACCUCCUGAACAUGGCAAGCUAUUUGUGUCAAGGCGAUCGCUGCUGGAUGAACUAUUCGAAGUGAAUCACAUCCGAACCAUCUACCACAUGUUUAUUGCUCUUCUCAUACUCUUCAUACUCAGCACUCUGGUUGUGGACUGUAUUGACCAGGGCAGGCUGGUGUUGGAGUUUGAUCUUCUGGUCUACGCCUUUGGCAAAUUUCCCAUUGUGGUCUGUUCAUGGCUAUGCAUGUUCUUAAGCACACUUAUCAUUCCGUAUGCCAUCUUCUGCACGUGGGCCCGAGGGUACAAGGCUUCUUCUCAUCGCACUACACGUUCUUUGAUUUUUGGGACUCUCUUCGUCGUUUUCCAGCUGUUUAUCAUUGGCUUUGGCCCAGCAUACAUUGUGGUGCAGUAUGAUUUACCCCCAGCUUCUCGCUUCAUCCUCAUUCUGGAACAGGUGCGGCUCAUUAUGAAGGCUCAUUCGUUUGUACGAGAAAAUGUUCCUCGAAUCUUUUCAUUCACCAAGGAGAAAACUGCGGCUGUUCCAGUGCCACAACUUACACAAUACCUGUAUUUCCUCUUUGCUCCCACCCUUAUAUAUCGUGAUCAUUACCCAAGGAAUCCAUCCAUAAGAUGGAGUUAUGUUGCUACUAAAUUUGCUCAGGUGCUUGGAUGCCUCUUCUAUGCCUACUAUGUCUUUGUUCGUCUCUGUAUCCCACUUUUCCGCAACAUAAGCCAGGAGCCAUUUAGUCUGCGAGUUUUGGUACUCUGUAUCUUUAACUCCAUUCUCCCAGGAGUGCUGGUUUUUUUCCUGGCUUUCUUUGCGUUCCUGCAUUGCUGGCUCAAUGCCUUUGCAGAGAUGCUGAGGUUUGCAGACAGAAUGUUUUACAAGGACUGGUGGAAUUCAACCUCAUUUGCCAAUUAUUACCGGACCUGGAAUGUGGUGGUUCAUGACUGGCUGUACUACUAUGCUUACCGGGACUUCCUUUCAUUGUUUGGCAGAAGAUUCAAAGCAGCAGCCAUGUUAUCUGUGUUCACCGUCUCGGCUGUGGUUCACGAGUAUGUUCUUGGGAUCUGCUUUGGCUUUUUCUACCCAGUCCUCUUCAUUCUUUUUAUGUGCUUUGGAAUGCUUUUUAACUUCAUUCUGCAUGACCGACGAAAAGGCCCUAUUUGGAAUGUGAUUAUGUGGACUUCUCUCUUCUUGGGUCAAGGAGUCCUCUUAUGUCUCUACUCCCAAGAGUGGUAUGCUCAGCGUUACUGUCCAGCCAGCAGUGCCACAGUUCUGGAUUAUUUGAAGCCACGUUCCUGGACCUGCCAUUUCCAUAUGGAUGAGUCGAGAUCUGACUUUUUCAAAUGACCUUCUCUGCUGCCAGAAGACUUUAUAUCUUGUUACAUUGGCAGGAAACUAAAUAGCAACCCCAAAUUGGACUGAAACAAUAAGAUAUUAGUGAAACAGACAGUAGUCAGCAACUAUCUGACUAGAAAAAAACAUAUUUCUUUUUCU